AGGACCUUAUUAGAGUGUUUAUCAUUGUCUUUAGUAUCAUUACUAUUUUGCUCCUGAGAUUAAAUCCCCCAUGCAUUUAAAUUGCAUUGCAGUCGUAAAAGUAAAAGAGCACUUGAAGUGUGAAAAACAGAAGGAUGGCCAAUUUUCUGUUACAAAUACUCUGAUGUGUGAACACUGAAUAUUCAACAUGAGAAUGGUUUGGAUGUCUUCGUCAAUAAUAAUAUUGCAAUUAUCAUUGCUGUGGUUAUCUGGGAUCAUCGGUGUCAAAUUCGGUAUAAUAUUUGACCAUGACUCGGUAGAUGCCAUUCCGGUCUUCAAUAAAUAUCAUUCACAUAGAAGCUUUACAUUCAUCAACAGGACAACGGACCUAUCGGACAGUUUCGCCGUCAGCAACGAAAUCUGCGCCCAACUAGAAGAAGACGUCAUUGGAAUAAUAGGUGUUUGUGGGAAGUGUGCCCUGGCCACCAUCCAGUCAUACAGCGACGCCUUCGAAGUGCCAUUCUUCCUGAUCACUGACGCGCCAAUUCCCGAUGACGUCACAAGAUUUUCUUUUCAAUUCUAUUUAACUCCAGUGUUUAUUCAAGGAUUUCUAGACAUCGUUAUUGAAAAACAAUGGCAGAGAGUUUUCUACAUAUAUGAUACAGACGAAGGUUUACUGAGGCUUCAACAAAUACUUAAUAUAAUAAAUGCUCAGAAAGAGCCAAAGUUGGACAUUAUAUUCCUGAGAAUUCCCGAUGCCGAGGUCUGUAAAGAGAAGAUCGUUCAGUUCUACCAGCACGAUGAAUCAGACUUGCGGAUUUUUCUAGACCUACCAAUAACGGAAAUAGAAACAACAAUAAAGUUACUUAAAAAGACGCCUCAAAUAAUGAUGAAACGUUUUCAUUUUCUUCUCACAAGAUUGGGAAUUUCUCAGAUGAGUGAAUCUGUCCUUACAAACGGAGCGAAUUUUACGGGUUUCCAUAUAUGGCCUAAAAAUGUGUUGAUGGAAAAAGAAUGGAUGAAGACAUUUAACACUACUGAGAUAAAACCAACACAUGCCCUAUUGAGAGAUGCCAUCGCUUUUUUCAAUGCCACAUAUAAAGAAUCAUAUGUCAGAUUUCGCCCUAAGCACAAAAAGGACCAGAAACUCUCAUGUCGUCACAAUAACAAAACGGUUACCUUGACGAAAAACAGGGAGAUAUUCACGGAAGAACUCAGAAAGGUAUCAAUCAACGGCUUAAGUGGAACUUUAAAAUUUGAUGAGUUUGGAGGGCGAGAAAAAUUUGAACUCCAACUGAUGGAAGCAACAUUAGGAAGAGAACUGUCAAAGGAUGGAGAAUGGAGUCCAAAUCCAGUUAAGGGAUCUCGUUUACGAAUUCACACAUCUGAACAUACCAGACUACCAACUCGAAACCCCAGUAUUCCAAGCAACCUAAAAAUGAGCAUUACUACAAUAGAAGAGGGUCCUUACGUCAUAGUUAAGCCUGAGUAUCUAGACGAGGUACAGAGACUCCGGGACAAUGGGUCACGUGUUUGUGGAAAACACUUCUUCCAGGGGUUCUGUAUUGACUUGGCUGAAAAGGUGGCUGAAAAAAUCAACAUGACAUAUGACAUUUGUCUCGUAAAAGACGGACAGUAUGGAAAAGAAUUACCAAAUAAGUCAUGGGAUGGUGUCAUUGGCGAGCUCUUAAAUCAAGAAGCAGAUGUGGCAGUUGCCCCAGUAACAAUCACAUCGGACAGAGAAAAAGUAGUGGACUUUACAAAACCAUUUUUAAGUCUUGGCAUUAGCAUAAUGAUAAAAAAGCCUGCUGAUAAAGGAUCUCAUAUUUUCUCGUUCAUGGAACCCCUUUCAUCUGAGAUCUGGAUGUGUAUUUUAUUCGCCUAUGUCGGGGUGAGUGUGGUGUUAUUCCUUGUCAGCAGAUUCAGCCCAGCGGAAUGGAAGGUGGAUGAAACCAACAUAACAAAUGACUUUACGAUUUCAAAUAGUCUGUGGUAUGCUCUUGGUGCAUUCAUGCAACAAGGGUGUGAUAUUUCUCCGUCAGCAGUUUCUGGGAGAAUUGUUGGAAGUGUAUGGUGGUUCUUUACGUUGAUCAUCAUUUCUUCUUACACUGCAAACCUCGCUGCCUUUCUCACUGUAGACAGAAUGAAUACACCAAUAAAUUCAGUGGAAGAUUUGGCCAAGCAAACAAAAAUCCAAUAUGGCUGUCUCGGAGGAGGCGCAACCUACAGCUUCUUUAAUAAAUCAAAAUUUGCUCUGUAUGAGAGAAUGUUUGCCUAUAUGAACUCUGUCCCGGAUGUUUUCGUGAAAAGUACAGCAUUAGGCAUACAGAAAGUUAGAGAUUCGAAUGGACUGUAUGCCUUCCUUCUAGAAUCAACUACCAACGAGUAUACCAAUUUGCGGCUACCUUGUGACACGAUGAAAAUAGGUUCCAACCUCGAUUCAAAGGGAUACGGGAUUGCUACUCCUCCUAGCUCCAUACUAAGGGACACUUUGACCCUGGCAGUACUGGCUUUACGUGAAUCUGGUGAACUGGCUCAGAUCAAAAAGCACUGGUUUGAUGACAUGUCACAGUGCCCCGAAGAUGGUCCAAAUGAUGGAUCCCAAGCAUCCUUAACCCUAAAAAAUGUUGCUGGAAUUUUCUACAUUUUGUCAUGUGGUCUCAUUUUAUCCGUUGUCGUGGCUGGCAUUGAGUUUUUGUACAAGACUAUUCUCGAUUCUAGAAAAUCUAAGACCUCGUUUGGUUCCAUGCUGCUAUGCAAAGCGCGCCUAUCCUUCCGUGGUUCUAUUGACAGCAGUUCCGGCCAAACUACUCCACUCAAGAAAAACACCCCUUCCUACACGUAUCCUGGGCCUUCACAACAUCCGGGCUUUGAUCCAUACAAUGAUCUCCAAACCCACACUCAAGUGUGAUUUCUGCAGUCUGACAGCAAAACUUCAAUAUUUUUAUACUCAUGUGUACAUUACGCAAUAUUAGAUAAUAUUUUUCUGUUGUUGUUUAUUUUGAAUGUAAUAUGUACAUAACUUUGUUAGAUUAAGAUAGAAUAUACUUAUACACAUGGAAGUGUUUUGUAAGUUUUACAAAAAUGAGAAGGCAAAU